UGCGUACUGCUCCCGGAGGCGGCGGGCGCUGUUUCUGAGCAGCCAGACGCGGCACGGUCGUUUUUAUACCUUCCCGCGCGGCAGCAACGGAAGGGCGGGGCGCCUCGUGAUUAGGUGGAGAAGGUCACCAUCUCCGCUGCCAUGAAGGUGAAAAUUAAGUGCUGGAAUGGUGUAGCCACUUGGCUCUGGGUAGCCAAUGAUGAGAACUGUGGCAUCUGCAGGAUGGCGUUUAAUGGCUGUUGUCCAGACUGUAAGGUGCCUGGCGAUGACUGCCCCCUGGUGUGGGGGCAGUGCUCCCACUGCUUCCACAUGCACUGCAUCCUCAAAUGGCUGAACGCGCAGCAAGUGCAGCAGCACUGCCCCAUGUGUCGCCAAGAGUGGAAGUUCAAAGAGUGAGGCCGGUGCUGUGCCCAGUCCCUCUCCCAGCACUAUGCCAGGCUCGGCCCCUUCCCUUCACCAGAUCCUGAGACCCCCUCCUCACAGUGGUACCCAGGGACCUUGUUCUGUACGGGGGACAAGGAUGUGUUCCUUUUGACUGAAAUAAGGUUCACUUGUUUUUUGUUUUUUCCCAUCACAUCAUUGACACUUUAUUCAAUAAGUAAAACUCAUUAAAGUUCUGAGCCUUGCUGGA